AUGCGCCCCCACACGAAGCAGCAGCAGCAGCCGAUGGAUGACCAGUUCGCGGAAUGGCACGCGGUGCGGCCGUGGCUCCCCGCGCUCUCGCUCACCGUGCUCGAGAUCACCUCGGUCUCGGUCACGUUCAUCCUCGCCUCGCCGUACUCGGCCCCGGACGCCGCCCGGGACGCGAGCCUCGCCGCGCUCGGGCUCGUUGCCGGGCGGACGAGGACGACGCACCACGAGGACCAUGCGGCGGCGGCAGCGGCAGCAAACGGGCCACACGGGCAGGUGGUGUCGGACAUCCUCGCCAAGGGGCUCUCGGUCAAGGUGAACGGCACGCCGUGGCAGCGGGUGAUCCUCAAGAUGGACGACGUGCUCGACGAGGCGAUCAUCAUCCUCUACGGGCUGAUGCCCGCGCGGCAGUACGACGUCGAGCUCGGGAUCCUGCCGGACGAGGCGAGCCUCCGGGGCCAGAUCACCACCGACACCGAAGUCCGCACCGGGACCGUCCUCCCCGACACCCUCCCUGACGAGCCCGCCGCGAGCACACCCGAGGCCCCUUCCGCCCCGCACGGGUCCUCGCCCGCAUCCGCAUCCGCACCCGCGCCCGCAGCGACGCCAACGCUCGAGGAGCGCCGGCAGCAGCUCGUCCACGCGCUCGCGCUGCUCACCGCGGAGCAUGGCCAGCUCGCGGCCGCGCUCAAGACCGCACGGCGCGAGAGCCAGAAGGCGGACGCCGCGCUGCGCGCCGAGAUCGACGCGCUCCGGCGCGCGGCGGACCGACACGCGGCGGGCGAGGGCCGCGCGCGCAAGAAGGUGCUCGCGCUGCAGGAGGCGGCGAAGCAGACGCUUGCGGCCGCGCGCGAGCUCGAGGCGCUCGUGGAGGACAUCGAGGCGGCGCGGCCGGCGUUGGAGAAGAAGAGGGAGGCGCUCGAGAGGGAGGAGGUGAGGGUGAGGGAGGAGGCGGCGAGGGUGAGGCAGCGGAAGGAGGAGGCCGAGAUGCGGGAGAAGGCGCGCGCGGAAGCCGCGCAGGGCGAGUUGGCGGCGGCGGUGAACCGUCUGGAGAAGCUGAACGCGAAGCGGGAGAAGCUCGAGGGCGAGGGCGGGGUGCUCGCGGAGCUGGAGGAGAGGCUGCGCAAACUGGAGGAGGAGCGGGAGCGGAUCGAGAAGGACCCGUACGGGUACGAGGGCGAGGGCGAGGACGGCGAGCGGGACGAGAGCAGGGACGGCACCGCGGACGGCGAGCGUGCGCACCAUGCGCAUGGUGGGGCGCACGGAGGCCACCACGACCCCCACUCAAACCACACGCACCCGCACAACCGCAAACGACACUCGCACCCGAAUGGGCAGCACCACCAUGGAUAUCAUCCGCAUGUACACCAGCCACACCAUCCCCGCCCCUCAUUCCCUCCCGUCCGCGCCCAUCAGCAUACGCAUCAGGAGCCCAUCCAACGUCCGGGCGCACGGACGGUGCCCUUCACGGCGCACCCCCACCCCCAGCCUCACGUAAACCAGGCCCAAGUUCCCGGGGUGAUCAACCUCCAGUCUCAAGCCCAAGUCCAACCUCAGACUCAAGCUCACCAGCACCAGCACUAUCCUGCACAAGCACAAAAGGUCCGCCCACACGUACGCGGCAACGUCUUCCGUCAAGGUUCCUCGUCAUCCUCGUCAUCCUCGACGCCAAUCGGCUCUCUGACGCCUGCAUCGACGCUCUCGGGACGCGCACCGCCGUUUGAGCCUGGAAGUGGUGGCAGGGCUCGGUCGCACUCGCAGUCCCAGCAGCAACCCCAACCACCAGGCGUGGUCGGAGGCAACCUCAAGUCUGAUCUGAACCCUGGGUCGACGCCGUUCUCGCCGCGGACGGUCGGGAACGUACACACUCGGACUGCGACUUCUUCGUAG